GCCAGAAACAAUGAAUUAGAGAGUUUCCUUGAUAGACGAGCUAUUAAAAACCACGUUUACAUCGCGAAAAGCAAACAACCUGCCAAUAAAAAUAAUGAAAAUGUUUUAAUCUACCAGUAUGUUUCCCUCCAAUUGCGAAAGCAGUACAUCCUCAAGGUGUUUAUCUUCUAACUACUCAAACUCGAAAGAUUAAACUGAUAAAGCAAAUAUUGAGUGUCAGUGUUUUUCGAGGCUUGGAUAUGUGCCGUCGAUUUCCAUCAAAUCUAUAGUUUAGUGAAAUAAGGCAGUGAAAAAAUUAUCUUGGAAAAGUGUGCAAGUUGUUUUUAAGCUAAAAUUAGAUGGCGAUUUUCGUUCUUUGAAGUUGCAAUUUGGAAUGCUAUUAGAUAUGAAUUGAAUUCAAGGAGGAUAUUCAGCUGAGUAACCUGAAACUAGAAAUAAUGGGUAAACUAGGGAUAUCAUCAUGAAUAGGUCGAUAGCUGUGAGCGUAUUUUUCAUCUGCGCGAUAUGUACUUCGACAGUGGCCUCAUACCAAUGCAACAACAAUAAUUCGACAAAUGAAAGUUCAUCGUCAUUUCCAAACAAAAUAUUUCAAAAAAAUGUGAAAAUCGAUCGAAAAGAAGAUCCAGAUCAAAGAACUCAAUUGAGAAUCAGGCUUUGGCCUACAAAAGAUUAUCUCGAGAAUACAUGUAAAGUUAUACUUUCAUCUGAAGGUAAUAACUGCUUCAUUCAUAGUGAACAAAUAUUCAAUUUGAAGGAAUCAGUAACUAUUCCCAGCUUAAAAAAGUCCGACGAAUAUUUGAAACCAGGAUGCAAUUACAGCUUAGUUUUCAUAGUUGAAAACUUCUGCGUACAGACGUAUUAUCAAAUUCCAGAGAAAAGACCAUGUGAACAUUUUCCUUUGGAAGAUACUUUCGAUACAUUUCCAAAUAAAAUUCUGGAUGAUGUAUCAAUAUAUGCAUAUAGGAAGAAUGCAAUUCGACUCAAUAUAUCAUUUUCUGUGAAACCAGAAUAUAUUAAUAGCAGCGGAUCCAUCGUCAUUAGUUCUAAGGUACCACGUUGUAAUCACCGAGAGGAAUUUCUUUUCAGUUUAGCAGAAACUAGCUUGGUCAUACCAAGAGCUGAAUUCCCUCACAGUUUUAUUGAUGUAGGAUGCGAUUACAUGAUAGAUUUCGAACUGAAUGACGGAUAUUGUGUGACAACAAAUUACAAAGUUCCAGACUUAUGUAUAGGAAAUAAACCAAAUGCCGAAAUAACGGACGUGGUGAAAGAAGAAAAUGGGAGAUAUAAGAUAAGAUGGAAUUAUAAGACAAAUGAGAGAAACAAGACUUACCCAAUUAUAAAUAUAGGAUAUAGGUUAGAAGAUGUACCUUACAGUGUGUUCAACAAUCAUAUGAUCACUGGAAAUAACUUCAGCUCUAACUACACUUAUUUGAAUUUUUCUGGCUUAAAAAAAAAUGGCAUGUACCGAUUAGUAGCUACUUUCAUCAAUGAAAAAGAAUGUUCUAACGUUUCUUCGUUUGAUUUCGAAGUUAAAGGAGAGCCUGGCAUGCUUAUAGUUAUUAUUGCCUCUUCUAUUCUGUUAUUCACUAUCGUUCCAACAAUAUGUAUAUGCAUUCCAUGUCUUCGUUCAAGAAUUGUACAUUUUUCAAAACAUUUAUUUGGGAAACAAAAACAAGUUCCUCUUCCAAGGUCAGAUGAUGAUAAAAACAUCAUGCGCAGAAGAAUUGAAUACAACACAUUAUAUGUUCCUUUAGAAUUACAAAACUGCGACAAAUUCGAGUUUUCCUUGAAAUUCCAAAAAUUGGAAUUCGAGCCGAACUCAGAACCAAAACCAGGUAAUUUUGGACAAGUAUAUAGAGCAAGAGCUUAUGGUCUCAACACAGUAAAAGGUUUCACCACUGUUGCUGUAAAGAUGGUGAAAGACAAUGCAAGCGAAGACGAAAUACAAGCGCUAAAAGAAGAAAUUAGUACGUUGAGGAAAAUUGCAUCACAUGGAAACCAUGAAAAUGUUGUGAAAAUGUUAGCAUGUUGUUCAAUUAAAAAACCAUAUAUGAUACUUCUCGAGUUUGUAGCAUGUGGUGAUCUGAAAAGCUAUCUGAAAGAUCUCAGGAACGAGUGGCUGCUCAGAAAGAGGAAUGGACAUUUCAUUUUUCCAGGCGAUGCAACAAGCAAUGGCUCAUAUAUAUCUCCAAAUACCAGAACAAUCAGUGAAACUUCAUCAAGUCUUCCGUCUCCAACAGAAACGGAAUCAACUGUUCUGUUCGAUGAUACUGAUGAUAGCCCACUUCCUCCUACAACACCAAGUAAAAUAACCCCAGCUUUGAGUAAUGAUGAGCUUCAGAACUUUGCAAUCCAAAUAGCUCGUGGCAUGGCAUUUCUAGAGAGCAUAUCAUUAGUUCACAGAGAUCUCGCAGCACGAAAUGUGUUGAUAAAUGAAAACCGAAUCCUGAAAAUUUCGGAUUUUGGAAUGUCAAGAAUAGGAGACUACGUCCAUAGAAAUGACGGCCCACAACCAUUGAGGUGGAUGGCACCAGAAUCAAUUGAAAAAUUCACCUGCACCAGCAAGAGCGACGUUUGGUCUUUUGGUGUAGUUCUCUGGGAAAUAGGAACACUAGGUGCCUUUCCCUACGACAGUAUUUCAAAUGACUGCAUUUUAGAAUAUCUCUUGUACAGUUUGAAAAGAGAAAUAAGACUGAUGCGUCCAGAAAUCUGCACAGACGAAUUAUAUUCGUUGAUGUUGAAGUGUUGGUCAUUAAAACCAGAGGAGAGACCAAGUUUUCAACAAAUUGUCGAUCACCUAAACGGCAAAAAUAAGAAAAUAUAUUUAGAUUUCCGAAAACUGAGUCCAGCCUAUGUAUUCCCGCCUACAAAAGAAUCAUGAAGACAUUAGAAUGAUUCGUUAAUUUGUAAUGUCUAACUUUUUUUCAUUUGUAUAUAUUGCAUCAAAAUGUUAGCUACUCAUAAAAGUAGUAAUUUUAAAAUUGAUUUGACUGAAUGUAUAAUAAAAAUAAAUUAAUUUUUGAUUUUUUUAACACAGA